CACUAGUUUUAUUUUAGAGCUAGUAUUAUAUUUUAUAUUUUCUUUAUAUUAUAUUUUAGUGCUAGUUGGAACACUAAGUGGUCAUUUGGGACACUUAUAAAUGUGAUGGUAUGAUGAGCGCAGACAGGUCAUUGGGAUGAAGGAGUGAAAGUGAGAGCACUCCGCUUUGUUUGCAAUGGGUGUUGGUCCCUGUGUACAGUAGAAACACUAGGGCUGUACACUAGAUCCUAGUUCUCUAAGUAGCCUACCGUAUGGACAUUUAACGUGUUAAAAACAACUAAGAAACUCUCACAGAUGAAUCCACGUCCUCGCACACCGAGCACGGAUGACAGCCAUGUGAAAUCCCCUUAGCCAUCCAUCACUGAGAGGGGGGGGGGAAGUGGAGCAGCGGCCACGCCCCACGGUAACGCCUGGUGGGGAUAUCCCCACUGAAGUGAAGAGGCUCAUCAUGGAGCGCCUCCAUUGGCUCGGGCAGCGCUGUCAGCAGAUGGUGGAUCAGGGCGGAGCUCGCGGCUGGUACUCAGCCCCUGAUGGGCCGCUUGGGGCGGGCGGCUGCCCCGCGACGUGCAGGCUGAGUGGGAAGCGGAGAACGGUGAUCGCCCGGCGCGGGCCCUACCAGGCCGAAUACCGGGCCAUAUCCAGGGAGUACCAGGGCAACGCCAUCCGCACCACCAAGUACAGCCUGCUGACCUUCAUCCCCAUCAACCUCUUCCAGCAAUUUCGCAGGGUGGCAAACCUGUACUUCCUGUUUCUGGUGCUGCUGAACUGGGUGCCGGCGGUGGAGGCCUUCCAAAAGGAGAUCACCAUGGUGCCUCUGCUGGUGGUCCUCAUUGCCAUCGCCUUCAAAGACGCUCUGGAGGACUACCGGCGCUACCUGUUCGACAAGACUGUCAACCACAGCCUGGUGCGCGUCUACUGCAGUAAGCAGAAAGCCUACAUUGACCAACACUGGCAGGAUGUCCGGGUGGGAGACUUUAUUCGCCUGUCCUGCAACGAGAUCAUUCCAGCCGAUGUGUUGCUGCUGUACUCGUCGGACCCGCGAGGCAUCUGUUACAUCGAGACGGCAAACCUCGACGGGGAGACCAACCUCAAACAGAGACGGGUAGUCUCAGACCUCCCCCUGCAGGGAUCGGAGCUGACUCCAGAGAGCUUCUAUUGUCGUAUUGAAUGUGAAAAUCCUAAUAAUGACCUGGGCCGGUUUCGAGGUUACAUGGAGCACUCCAGUAAGGUCCGCGUUGGUCUCCACAACGACAACCUUCUGCUGCGGAGCUGUACCGUCCGCAACACGCAGACCGUUGUCGGCCUCGUCGUCUACGCUGGCCAUGAGACCAAAGCCAUGAAGAACAACAGUGGGCCGCGGUACAAACAGAGCCGUCUGGAGAAGCGCCUCAACAGGGACGUGUUGUGGUGUGUCAUCCUGCUGUUCUCCAUGUGUCUGACAGCAGCCAUAGGGCAUGGUCUCUGGCUCCAGAGAUGGACUGAUCCCAUUUAUUCCAUCGCUGAGCAGGUGUCUCCUACACUGGCGGGAUUCUAUGUCUUUUGGACGAUGAUCAUCGUGCUGCAGGUGCUAAUCCCCAUCUCCCUUUACGUGUCUAUCGAGAUUGUGAAACUAGGCCAGAUCUAUUUCAUCCAGAACGACCUGGCGCUGUACAGCGAGCAGCUGGACUCAGGCAUACAGUGCAGGGCGCUCAACAUCACGGAGGACUUGGGGCAGAUUCAGUACCUCUUCUCCGACAAGACCGGCACUCUGACAGAAAACAAAAUGGUGUUCCAGUGUUGCACUAUACAUGGGGUGCAGUAUCCACACACACAGAAUGCGCGGAGGCUGGCUCUGUAUGAGGAGGAUGUGUUGGGUGUCCCAGGCCGCUCCCUGACCCUGCGGUCAGGUUGUAGCGUCAGGUCCCUCAGCUGUCGCUCUAUGAGCUGCGGCCACAGCUCCACCUCGCUGCACUCCCUGACCAGAGAGGAGGAGGAGGAGCCCCAGGGAGGGGCGCCAUGCAGCCGCAUGGCUAAAGAAGUGAUCCCAGACCCUGAGCUGCUGAAGAAGAUGAGCUGCCUCCAGGCCACUAGCCUCUGUGGAGCUGAGGCCAGCUGCCUCCAGGCCACUAGCCUCUGUGGAGCUGAGGCCAGCUGCCUCCAGGCCACUAGCCUCUGUGGAGCUGAGGCCAGCUGCCUCCAGGCCACUAGCCUCUGUGGAGCUGAGGCCAGCUGCCUCCAGGCCACUAGCCUCUGUGGAGCUGAGGCCAGCUUAGAGUUGAACUCCAUCUUGGACUUCUUCCUAGCGCUGGCGGUCUGCAACAGUGUAGUGGUGUCCUCAUCCGGCCGGCCCUGUCACACGCACGCUGAUCUUCCCCACAACCUCACCUCAAGACUAUUGGCCCAGGGCGAGGCAGGGUCCCGGGGCGUGUCAGGGGCCCUGGGCGCGGCAGGGGUCCAGGGCGAGGUAGGCUCCUCCACCACAGCCACACUGUCGCAGGCGGGCGCCUCGUGGGAGAGCACACAACUUGGCCCAGGCACCGACCUGGUGAGGUCCAACGUGGCACUGGAAAACCCAAGGGACCCAACAGCAGAUGUGUUGACAGACAUGGGAAACCGAGAGGAGGGUGUUGGUGCCGUGGGGGCCCCCAAUGUUGGAACUGAACCCCUAAGAGUGUCGUCCCUGGAGGACCCGGCUUUUUGCCACAGUGGGCCGACGGCGGCCAAUGAGCAGCUCAUUUAUGAGGCAGAGAGCCCGGACGAGCUGGCCCUGGUGCACGCCGCCCGGGCCUACAACUGCACCCUUCGGGGCCGGUCGGGGGACGGGCUGGCCGUGGAGCUGCCGGGGGCCGCAAGCCGCCUGCACGUCAGCCUGCUCCACGUCCUGCCGUUCGACUGCACUCGCAGACGCAUGUCGGUGGUGGUGCGCCACCCGCUGACGGGGCGGUUGGUGCUGUACACCAAAGGAGCCGACUCGGUCAUCAUGGAGCUCUCCGAGCACCCAGAUGUGCCAGCCGGAGAGGGGUACGUUAAAAUCCGAGAACAAACCCAGAACCACUUAGACGUCUACGCCAGAGACGGCCUUCGUACACUCUGUAUCGCACAAAGGGUUCUGGAGGAGGACGACUACCGGGCCUGGCAGAAGGGCCAGCUGCUAGCGGAGACAAGCAUCGAGAACCGAGAGGAGCUGCUGCUGGAGUCGGCCCAGCGUCUGGAGACCAACCUCACUCUGCUGGGUGCGACCGGGAUCGUAGAUCGCCUCCAGGAGGAGGUCCCAGAGACCAUUGAGGCCCUGCAGAGAGCUGGCAUCAAGGUGUGGGUUCUGACCGGAGACAAGCAGGAGACGGCCGUCAACAUUGCAUGCGCCUGUAAACUCCUGGGACCCGAUGACCAGAUUCUGAACGCGAACUGCGGAAGUAAGGAUGCAUGUGAUGCCUUGCUCCAGGACCUCCUCUCAGAGGUUCGAGGCACAGGGGAAGGACCUGGCAGACCAACUUUGGGCGAGGACAAAGCUUUGCCAGCUGCGGCCGUGGGGGGCUUCGUCUUGGUGAUCGACGGACGAACCCUGGAAUGGGCCCUCCAGGACGAGCUGAAGGGGGGCUUCCUGGAGCUGAGCCAGCAGUGCAAGGCGGUCCUCUGCUGCCGGUCCACCCCCCUGCAGAAGAGCCAGGUGGUCCAGCUGGUUCGCAGCCAGCUCAGCGUCAUGACUCUGGCCAUCGGCGAUGGAGCAAAUGAUGUCAGCAUGAUCCAAGUGGCAGAUGUGGGCAUCGGGAUAUCUGGCCAGGAGGGCAUGCAGGCUGUUAUGUCAAGCGACUUUGCCAUCUCCAGAUUUAAACACCUGCGGAAGCUGCUCCUGGUCCACGGCCACUGGUGCUACUCUCGUCUAGCCAACAUGAUCCUUUACUUCUUCUACAAAAAUGUGAUGUACGUGAACUUGUUGUUCUGGUACCAGUUCAUCUCGGGAUUCUCGGGGAGCGUCAUGACCAACUCAUGGAUCCUGAUCCUGUUCAACCUGCUCUUCACGUCCGUGCCGCCCCUGGUGUAUGGCGUGCUCGACAGACACACGCCAGCCGACACCCUGAUGGAGCGACCUGAGCUCUACAGCUCCAGGCCAAGCUCUAAGGUCUAUGGUUCCUCAACGUUCUGGCUCACCAUCAUGGACGCCUUCUACCAGAGUCUGGUUUGUUUCUUCAUCCCGUACAUGGCAUAUGCAGGGUCAGACGUUGGGGUCCUGGCCUUCGGCUCCCCUGUCAACGCUUCGGCUCUCCUUAUCAUCUUACUGCACCAGAUCAUCGAGAGCCACACCUUGAUGUGGAUGCACAUCGCAGUGCUGGUGGGGAGCGGCGUGUUGUACUUUGUGUUCACGCUGCUGUUCAGUGUGUGGUGUGUGACCUGCAGCCCGCCCACUAACCCCCUGGGGGUGGAGACCCUGACCAUUUCUCAGCCUCUGUUCUAUCUGGUGUGUGCCCUGACCACCGUCACCGCACUGCUGCCAAGGGUCUUGAUCCGGGCUCUUCUCAGGAGCAGAAGCUCCUCUUUGGUUGGGAGGAACCCAACAGGCCCCAGGAAACUGCGAGUGUCUGCUGAAAACCCCGGACUGGAGCCCGAUGACCACCUGGUUGGGUCAUGACAAACAUAUUAUUACUCUUUUCACCCAUAUUUCCACAAGGUUGGCCAUCAUAAUGGGUCACAGAUUUGUUUGCUUAUUGGGAAGGCAGAGUUGUCGACUUUACACCAAGGGCUCAAGGAAGUAAGAGUCUUCAUCACUAAUAACCAGCCAUAGCAAAAAACUAUCCAUCCGUUGUGAUACUUGUCACUCUGUAAAGUGGAACCAAAGUCCGACCAUCUCUGGUAAAGGGAUGUGAUGAUGUGACUGCUGUUGUUUAUAAUACAGGUAUUAUCUUUUCAUUUUUGCUACGUAAAAACCAAGAAGUUGCAGUUCGAUUUAGACUUCAAAGUGUGGAAAAAAUUCCAAACAUAAAAUGUGUUAUUCAUUUAAUAUUGUUGAAAUGAUUCCAAAAGCAAAAGCUUUGAAAUGGCAAUUCAAUGUAACUUGCCCAAAUUAGGAACGAACUGUAUUUUCUACUAUGGGACACCGAUGCACCUAAGGAUGUUUGUAUUUGUUUCUGCUUUUAAUUGAUAAUUAUAUUAUGACGAAAGUUCUGUUAUUGCUCGGUUUUUUAUUUAAUUUAAUUUGAUUUCUUUAGGACACUCAGAAAUUAAAUGGCAUGAGAAGUACAAAGGCCCAGAGGGUAUGUGUACAGUCUGACAGAGACAUGUAUUGGCCACUGUUUCUGUUCAAACAUUAAAUGCAAACCUUUGGCUCACAUUGGAUGUACAGCAGGCUGUUGUCAUGACUAGCCGCUUGUUGACUCACUAUUUUCCCCUAUUCCAUCAAUCUCCAAAAUGUCACAUUUACAAUGGGUCAGGCUGGUCUCAUACAAAAUUUGUAUAUCUUAAGAAAAGCUAUCCAAAAUGUUUCCUAAGAUACCUACGAAUGUCGACGAGUAAUCGGUGUGCCUGACCCCUCUGCGAAAACAAACAAGGUGGCUGACAUUUAUUUUAUUCUCAGUGGUAAAUGCAAUAUUUUAUAUAGAUUCAGCAUUAAAUGGGUUUGAUAACAUUUCUAUUAUGAAAGUUAUUCUGAAUAUUCUUCCAGGUCUCGCCAUACAUUGUUAAACCACACGGUUUCUAUCAUUGCUAUGGUGGGUGCUAUGGACGCGGCUAUCGCUGAGAACCAAAUAUGGCUGAAAUUUAUUUGAUGCUCAUUGGAAAAUGCAAUAAUAAAAUUGUUUACGCAUUAAAAUGUGUUCAGAUUCAGCUUUAUUGGCCAGGUUUGCGAACAAACAAGGAAUUUGACUUCGGUCCCUUGGCUCUCUAUGUACAACACUCAACAUUUAACCUAUUGUUAAUAUAUAAAAAAGAAAAAACACAAAACAG